GUGCUUGCCCUUGGGAAUGUCCCCGUUUGGUCUAUAUCUGGCAGUGCAACGGCGAGAGCUGCGGCAACAGAAGCACGUGGAUUCCUCAUGGGUUUGCUUGUACCGGGACUGGCGACUAGUUCCUCUUAAUCAUGACAGAGAAAAGAGAUUCCUGGACGUUGCCAAUUCGUUCAGUGCAUUUGUGAUGGGAUGGAGUCCGCAUUGGCAGGGGCGAACUGAAUGGCUGAAGCAGGUGCCUCGGUGAAAAUUCUGUGUAACCUUCCUGGAGUAAUGGGUGCUUCCCCCAAGAUCCAGUGAUGGAUAGGAUCCAGUGACCAGCGCAACCCGAUUCCUCAACAGAGGGCACUUUCUCAAGAAGCGGCCCCAGUGGUGUCGUCGCCAAAAUGAAGUUUGGCAUAACAGACUAUGUCAUUUUUGUGCUACUGCUGGUGUUCUCAGCAGGAAUUGGGCUCUUCUAUGCACUUAGUGGUGGGAAGCAGCGCACAGUCCAGGAAUUUCUGCUGGCCAAUCGCAGUAUGACCUUCUUGCCAGUGGCACUCUCCUUGCUUGCCACAUUCCAAUCUGCUGUAGCCAUCCUAGGUGUCCCCUCUGAGAUCUAUCGCUUUGGUACUGAGUACUGGUUCCUCGGAUGCUCAUACUUUCUGGGGCUCCUUAUCCCAGCUCAUGUCUUCAUUCCUAUCUUCUACCGCCUGCGUCUAACCAGCGCAUAUGAGUACCUGGAACUGCGCUUUAACAAAGCAGUGAGGAUAUGUGGAACAGUCACCUUCAUCUUCCAAAUGGUCAUUUACAUGGGUGUUGUUCUCUAUGCUCCAGCACUGGCUCUCAAUGCAGUGACCCAUUUUGACCUCUGGGUUGGAGUCCUCGCCGUUGGCUGUGUCUGCAUCCUCUACACCACCCUGGGUGGCCUCAAAGCUGUGAUCUGGACAGACGUGUUCCAGACAUUUGUCAUGUUUGCGGGACAAGUGGCCGUGAUCGUGGUUGGAACCAUCAAAGUGGGUGGCAUCGGUCGCGUCUGGCAGCUGGCAGAUGAGCAUGGCAAAGUGUCGGGCAUCGACCUGAAUCCCGAUCCUUACGAACGUCACACCUUCUGGAGUCUGGCCUUUGGAGGAGUCUUCAUGAUGCUUUCUCUCUUUGGGGUGAAUCAGGCCCAAGUCCAGCGAUACUUGAGUUCCCGCACAGAGCGGCAGGCUGUGCUCUCCUGCUAUGCUGUGUUCCCCUGCCAGCAAAUAGUGCUCUGUCUCGGCUGCCUCACCGGCUUGGUCAUGUUCGCUUACUACCAGGAGAACUCCUUGACACCAGAGCAGAAGAAUGCCUCACCUGAUCAGAUGGUCCUCUACUUUGUUAUGGAUGUGCUGCACGAAAUGCCCGGGCUCCCUGGUCUCUUUGUGGCUUGCCUCUUCAGUGGCUCUCUUAGCACCAUUUCCUCGGCCUUCAGCUCACUGGCAGCAGUGACAAUGGAGGACCUUAUCCGCCCUUAUGUGGCUGAAAUCUCUGAGCGACGUGCCACACUCUACUCCAAGUUGUUAGCUCUGGGCUAUGGACUCAUCUGCCUGGGCAUGGCUUACAUCUCAUCCAUGAUGGGUUCAGUGCUGCAGGCUGCUUUCAGCAUCUUCGGCAUGGUGGGGGGGCCACUCCUGGGAGUCUUCUGCCUUGGCAUGUUCUUUCCUUGUGCCAACUCUGUGGGUGCCAUAGUUGGGUUGGUGGCUGGGCUAGCUAUGGCCUUCUGGGUCGGCAUUGGGAGCUUCCUCACCAAUGUACAGGUCCAGCCUCCUCUGCCCAAUGGAACCAGAAUCCCUUCACUGGACGGGAACAUCACAACUGUUGUCAUGACAACGCUGCUCACCUCGGCCACGACGCCACAGAGGCCCACAGGACUAAAGAAAUUCUACAACUUGUCAUACAUGUGGUACAGUGCACACAACUCCACCACUGUCGUUGUUGUGGGACUCCUGGUUAGCCUUCUCACAGGCCCUAUGCAUGGUGACGCUGUAAACCCCCGCACUAUCUUCCCAGUGCUGCCACGCCUGUUUUGCUGUCUGCCUCCAAAGUACCGCGAUAAGCUGCGCUGUGGCGUCCGUGAUGUUGCAGAGGAUGGAAGCUGCUCAGACCCAGCAUCUUUAGCCUUGGAGAAAACCAGCAAUGGGCUGCCGAAUGGACUGCCAGAAGGCCUGCCCCCAGGGAAUGACACGGAGGAAGUAGAAACGGGUGAAGGAUUUCCCCGGGCAGAUGGGGCUCACACCUACAUCAUGCAGGAGACGGCCCUCUGACCUGGGCAGAGCGAAGAGCCUGGUAGUGAAUAUCGGCGGGGAUUGGUUCUCUCCUCGGAUGGGAGCCCCCCGGGGAGGGGCUGCUUGCACAAGAGGUGCUCCUGGUGCCUCCUGAUUUCCAUCAAGGCUUAUUGUGUGCUGGACGUAAAUCUCCUGUCGUGCCGUGCCAAGUGGCCUUGGGGCCACGUUCACCUGACCUGACUGUGGUACAUUCCCUUCCAAAGUUCAGUGCUGCUUCUGGUAUUGUAUUGUGAAUGUACCUUGGGGAGAUGUGUGCACACUGCCCACCCCCCAAAUUCCAAAGCACAAAAGGCCACAGCAGGACUCUCCGUGGCUUUGAGGUGCCUCUUCUUCCACACCCAGCUCUCAGUACGUACAUGUCUCCCACUCACUCAUCUGGAGGAGGGCGGGCCUUGCCAAAGAAGUUACUUGGUCUUGUGGUGGGGGUCACCCUGCUGCUGCUGCUGCCGCCAGUUCAGCAACCUUGCAGUGGAUCAGCCAAUGGGGGCUACAGUUUCAUUCCGCUUUUGUCACCUGCAGCAAGUACUGCUGUGAUAGGGUGCAGAAUCAAGUGUUCAAUAAUCCAUACGUAGUGUCCUCGGAUUGCCUGGUUCAGUUCCAAACUCCUCAGGGAGGAGGGUGGGUUGCGCUCUGGGAAACAUUCCUGCUUCCUGAGUGGCUCUUGUCACCUAGGGUCAAGCCACAGAAGAUGUUCAGCCGUGAGUUGGGUCCAGGUUCUCCUGCGUUCGGUUCAUAUGCAGCCUUUCAAGAAGGCAAAUUAUGCCCCCAGGGAUAUGUCAGCCUGGAAAAUGCCUCUGUCUGGAAUACAAGCUGGGUCAGGAGAACCCCAGCUUGACUCAUAGCCAAAUCUCAUGCAGUUUGGUCCAUCUAAAGGUAAUUCCUGUUUUCCCCCCUAUUGUAUUGUCUUGGCAGGGACAGGGUUGAGAGUGGGACCGAAUGCUAGACCUUUCUCCUCAUUCUCUGUUUUUGUACCGUGUACUCCCUGUCCAUGAAAAGGUGUGAAUACUUCCUGGACCAUGUUUUUUGUCUCUCUGAUACUCAGCAACAAUUUUUGCUGCUAAUAAAAAAAUAUUAUGUUUGGUU